AUGUCGUUUGCCAAAUUCGCAAAAGCGCUUCCUCCUUCGCUCAGCCUCGUAGGUCGAACCGCACUCAUCACUGGCUCCUCCUCUGGCAUCGGCAGGCAGACCGCACUGCACCUCGCUCGCGCCGGCGCUAGCAUUCUCUGUACAGACCUGCAACCUGACCCGCUCGGCGCCCAAAACUCCCGUUGCGAAGGCUCUCGUCAUGUUCCCACUCACCAGCUGAUCAAUAAACUCGGUGGACACGCUCACUUCCAGCGACUCGACGUCACCUCUGAAGCCGACUUCAAAGCUGCGAUCGAUACGAGCGUUUCUUUCAGCACCAAUGCACGGCUCGAUAUCCUGGUCAAUAAUGCCGGCAUCACAGCGUUUUCCGGUGGUAUCGAGCACGAAUGCGUCCAUGUGCUCGAAAAGAUGAUGCAGAUCAACAUCAAGGGCGUUUGGUUGGGCACCAAACUGGCUGUCCAGCAGAUGCUGAAACAAGAACCCAUCGCUUUUCCAGCUGACCUUGAGCAGGACUUGGACAGCUUUAAUGACGUUCCCACCAGUGUACCGCUUCGUGCAACAUACGCCGCCCAGACCGGUUCCCCAACCUCCACGGUCGGCCGUCAAACUGGCGACAAGGGGGCACGUGGCUCACGAGGUACCAUCAUCCAGAUUGCUUCCAUUCACGGACUCAUAGGUGGCCCCUCUGAGCCCGCUUACUGCGCUACCAAAGGCGCGGUGAUCAACUUGACGCGACAGGUGGCCUGCGAUUAUGCUUCCCACAGGAUCAACGUCAAUGCUAUCGCGCCUGGCUAUUUGGCGGGUACUGCCAUGGUGGCAGAUAUCAGUCCAGAAAUCGCUGCACAAAGACCAACCUAUUGGCCGCAUCAGGGUUCGGCGAGAGACGUUGCCCAUGGAGUUCUCUUCUUUGCAAGAGACGCACCAUGGUGUACUGGCAGCAUCCUGCCUAUCGACGGAGGAACCACUGCCCGCUGA